AAGUUGGCGCCCACGCGCGCUGGGGCGGGUCUCGAACGCCGGCACUUGCGCGGGGCGCGGCCGGCAAUCAAAAAAGGCCCCGGGUUCCAGGUCGCGCGGUUCCGGCCCCUGCGGCCGCCCCCUUCCUUCCUGGGCUCGGCGGGUGCGGGAAAAAGGGUGAAAGAGAAACUUGGCGACCUCCCGACGGAGUUCGCGAAGCGACCAGGAGCGUGUGCCCAUCGUCCUCACCCGGCACCCAAUUCCACCACAGAGUCGGGAUCUCGUCGGUGAUCGUGAUGGGGUGCUUUUAUUUAUUUUUCGCUUUGAUUUUCAAAAAAUGUCUAUGUGACUGUCCCUAUCUUAAGGGGAAGUUGAAAGUGGGGGCGGGGGUGCUCAAUGAGAAACGUUGCCUUGUGUGUAGUUGUUUGGAGCACACUGCAAAUUAUAUUGGCAUCUGUUUCCAAAAGUCACUUUGAUUCAACUUCAAUAGCUUUCUCGUAAAUGGCACGUUUAGGUGGUGAGAGGUGGAUGAGGAAAUAGGCACCAAUGCCGCUGAUUUGACCUCCAGUGGGAUAGAUACGAUUAGCACCAGGAUCAUGUCUCGGUUGAACCCAGAUCUGAACAGAAUUAAGACGAACGAGCUUUCACAAUUGCAGCAGAUGAAGAUCCAUUGGUAAAUCGAUCAGGAUUUUUGGCCUACCCUCCAAAGAAAAGGAGCGGAAAGAAUGUCGGAGCGGGCCGCGGAUGACGUCAGGGGGGAGCCGCGCCGCGCGGCGGCAGCGGCGGGCGGAGCAGCGGCCGCGGCCGGCCGGCAGCAGCAGCAGCAGCAGCCUCCGCAAUCCCAGCGGCAGCAGCAGCCGCCACCGCCGCCACGGCGCCCACGGCCAGAGGACGGCGGGCCCGGCGCCGCCUCCACCUCGGCCGCCGCAAUGGCGACGGUCGGGGAGCGCAGGCCUCUGCCCAGUCCUGAAGUGAUGCUGGGACAGUCGUGGAAUCUGUGGGUUGAGGCUUCCAAACUUCCUGGGAAGGACGGGACAGAAUUGGACGAAAGUUACAAGGAGUUUGGGAAAAACCGCGAAGUCAUGGGGCUCUGUCGGGAAGACAUGCCAAUAUUUGGUUUCUGUCCAGCCCAUGAUGAUUUCUACUUGGUGGUGUGUAACGACUGUAAUCAGGUUGUCAAACCACAGGCAUUUCAAUCACAUUAUGAAAGAAGACAUAGCUCAUCCAGCAAGCCGCCUUUGGCCGUUCCUCCCACCUCAGUAUUUUCCUUCUUCCCUUCUCUGUCCAAAAGCAAAGGAGGCAGUGCAAGUGGAAGCAACCGUUCUUCCAGUGGAGGUGUUCUUAGUGCAUCCUCAUCAAGUUCCAAGUUGUUGAAAUCACCCAAAGAGAAACUGCAGCUCAGGGGGAACACCAGGCCAAUGCAUCCCAUUCAGCAAAGUAGAGUUCCCCAUGGUAGAAUCAUGACACCCUCUGUGAAAGUGGAAAAGAUUCAUCCGAAAAUGGAUGGCACACUACUGAAAUCUGCGGUGGGGCCAACCUGUCCUGCUACUGUGAGUUCCUUAGUCAAGCCUGGCCUUAACUGCCCCUCAAUACCAAAGCCAACCUUGCCUUCACCUGGACAGAUUCUGAAUGGCAAAGGGCUUCCUGCACCGCCCACUCUGGAAAAGAAACCUGAAGACAAUUCCAAUAAUAGGAAAUUUUUAAAUAAGAGAUUAUCAGAAAGAGAGUUUGAUCCUGACAUCCACUGUGGGGUUAUUGAUCUCGACACCAAGAAGCCCUGCACCCGGUCUUUGACAUGCAAGACACAUUCCUUAACCCAGCGCAGGGCUGUCCAGGGUAGAAGAAAACGAUUUGAUGUGUUAUUAGCCGAGCACAAAAACAAACCCAGGGAAAAGGAAUUGAUUCGCCAUCCGGACUCUCAGCAACCACCGCAGCCUCUCAGGGACCCACAUCCCGCCCCUCCUAGAACGUCACAGGAGCCGCACCAAAACCCUCACGGAGUGAUUCCUUCCGAAUCAAAGCCUUUUGUAGCUAGUAAACCUAAACCUCACACCCCCAGUCUUCCAAGGCCUCCAGGCUGCCCUGCUCAGCAAGGUGGGAGUGCCCCCAUUGACCCUCCUCCAGUCCAUGAAUCUCCACACCCUCCCCUGCCUGCCACUGAGCCAGCUUCUCGGUUAUCCAGUGAGGAGGGCGAAGGCGAUGACAAAGAAGAGUCUGUUGAAAAACUGGACUGUCAUUAUUCAGGUCAUCAUCCUCAGCCGGCAUCUUUUUGCACAUUUGGGAGCCGGCAGAUUGGAAGAGGCUAUUACGUGUUUGACUCCAGGUGGAAUCGACUUCGCUGCGCCCUCAACCUCAUGGUGGAGAAGCAUCUGAAUGCACAGCUAUGGAAGAAAAUCCCACUAGUGCCCAGUACCACCUCACCCAUCUCCACACGUAUUCCUCACCGGACAAACUCUGUGCCGACAUCACAAUGUGGAGUCAGCUAUCUGGCAGCAGCCACCGUCUCUACAUCCCCAGUCCUGCUCUCAUCUACCUGCAUCUCCCCCAAUAGCAAAUCGGUACCAGCUCAUGGAACCACACUAAAUGCACAGCCUGCUGCCUCAGGGGCGAUGGAUCCUGUGUGCAGUAUGCAGUCCAGACAAGUGUCCUCUUCAUCCUCAUCCCCUUCCACGCCCUCUGGCCUUUCCUCGGUUCCUUCCUCCCCUAUGUCCAGGAAACCUCAGAAAUUGAAAUCCAGCAAAUCUUUGAGGCCCAAGGAGUCUUCUGGUAACAGCACUAACUGUCAAAAUGCCAGCAGCAGUACCAGUGGCGGCUCAGGAAAGAAACGCAAAAACAGUUCCCCACUGUUGGUUCACUCUUCCUCCUCCUCUUCCUCCUCCUCCUCUUCUUCUCAUUCCAUGGAGUCUUUUAGGAAAAACUGUGUGGCUCACUCUGGUCCUCCCUACCCCUCAACGGUAACAUCUUCCCAUAGCAUCGGCCUCAACUGUGUGAUGAAUAAAGCAAAUGCGGUGAACGUCCGGCAUGACCAGUCAGGGAGGGGCCCCCCCACCGGGAGCCCCGCUGAAUCUAUCAAGAGGAUGAGUGUGAUGGUGAACAGCAGUGAUUCUACUCUUUCUCUUGGGCCAUUCAUUCACCAGUCCAAUGAACUGCCUGUCAACUCCCACGGCAGUUUUUCCCACUCACACACUCCUCUAGACAAACUCAUAGGAAAGAAAAGAAAGUGCUCACCCAGCUCGAGCAGCAUCAACAACAGCAGCAGCAAACCCACAAAGGUUGCCAAAGUGCCAGCCAUGAACAACGUCCACAUGAAACACACGGGCGCCAUCCCAGGGGCACAAGGACUGAUGAACAAUUCCCUCCUUCAUCAGCCAAAGGCACGUCCCUGACAGCUGAAAAUAGCACGGGGAGGAAUAAUGCGGACACUUUUGAGGACAAGUUACACCUCCACUCAGCACUCUGGACUCCACGAUGCCUUUGAGUCUGUUUUCCCAACCUCCUGUGGGCCUCAAGGGUAGAAACCUGCCGGGCUGUUGUUUUAACGAGGAUUUCCCUGAAGCUAUGUCUCUAGCAGUGAGUACUCAUAAAGGACACUGGAUCAAGUUCAGCCACCGAAUUGCUUUUAUCAGUGUUAAAGUGGUCUGGACUGCUUGCUACCAAUCUGUGAGAAGUUUUCGUUUUUGUUUUGUUUUUUAACUUGCAGUAUAUCACGGAGCCACUCUUCAAGUAGAUUGGCUGGGCAAAAGAAUGUUUUGGCAAGAACGUUACUGUAGACCUUUCUCCCUCCUUCCUUUUACUACCAUUUUUUUUUUUUAACACUGUCAUCUGUAGGUCACUCUCCAGCAGUUAGGCACCUUAACUGGAGACCAGAAACCUUCCAGAGAGCAGAGGGCUGCAUCCCGAGCAACCCUCUGAGGAAGGGAAUUAGGCUUUAGAUUUUGAUAGCAAUGUUCCAGGAAUGAAAUACAGAUGUCAGCCCAAGGCACCAUAACAAAAUAGCCCAGCCUUUUGAGAGUACUUUGGGAAAAGAAGCUGUUAGAAGUUUCUAACUUACAAACUGGUUUGAAAUUGUUGAUGCCCAGACAGCAAGUAUAAAUCAUUUUGGAGGCUUACUUUUCAUGAUACAAAAGCAAUUCUGUGUGAUUUUUUUUUUUUUUUUUUUUUUUUUUUUAAGAAGAAAGAAAAUGCAAGCUAGUUUUGAGAAAGGAAGGCCAAAUUGGGUUGGGGGAGGGUGGGAGUGAGGAAGUUAAAAUCACUAUAGGGAGAAAAAACUUUUUUCAAGAUUUCCAAAGAGAUGAAAUUUUCUUAAUCCUUUAAGUUUUCAUAGUAAACAGUAUGGCAGAUUGGGUUGGUUGUCCUACCUGGUCUAUUUUUAAAAGUCACCUUUUAAAGUGACAUUAUUAGAUACACUUAAAUGUUUCCAAGGCACUCUCUGCAUUACCCUUGUUUUCCUCUUUGGAUACUGUCCUGGGACUAAGUGUAGAUUUCCGCUUCAAGCACUUCUGGCAUUGUGUGUUUUUGUAUGCACUCCCCUUCAUGCCACUCCAGAUGUUUAUUUGGAUGUGGCUGGGGACGAGAGCAGACACGAAGGGAAGGGAGUUGGAGAACAUGUAAGUCGUGACCUGAAGGUCUUCUGUGAUGCGUGUAUAGGAUUGCCCUGACACACAUCCUCCUUUCUUGGGAUUAUACCAGCCAUCUUCCUGAGAGUUUUGGAGCCCUCUAGGAUAUUUUUUCUAGUACCCCACCCCCCACCCCUAAAGAAAUUAAUAUGUUAAAACAGCAUUGCUUGGAGAAGGUGUCAUUGAAUUCGGGGAUGAGCCGGAGCCUUUAAAUGGGUGCUUCCAUCACUACAGGCUCCUGACACGAGAACCAGGCACUGUUGCUUAGAAGAACACACAAAGUUGCCGAACACAGGGUAAAAUUUCCAAGGCGCUGAUCAUUGCCCUGGCCAGGGCCUGAUGAGAGCCAGUCAGUACCUUCUUUUUUUCCUACAAUUCUUGGGUUUCAAACUUCAGUUUCAGGGAAUUUCAAGUCAACAACAGGUAGAAUGAAUAAACUUGGUUACCAGCCUAAUAAUGUGAAUUGCUACAGAAUUAUUCUUAUUAUGUAAGAAAACAAAAACUUUAUGCAGAUACUUUAGCUAUAAAUUGAUGUAAAAUACUGAUUUUUUUUAAAGGAAGGAGAGAACAGUGUCUUGUUCAAUUAUUAUGCAAUCAAUCAGUAAAUGUUUUUAAAAUGAUACUACAGGAGAGCUUAGUAAGGAGAGGGCAUGGAUGGGCCAGUUUGGUAUAGUUGGGAGAAAUCAGUCUGGUUUCCAUCCCAGUCGGGGAAGAGAGAGGAGGUGAGAGGGAAUCAGAACAUACCUAGUUGAUUCCUUGGUGACAAGUGCAAUGGGGUAUGGGUAGAAUUUAUUUUCAGAGCCAAGAGGACUUGAUGGUUAUAAAUAAAGUUGCCUUUAGCAAUGGAAUUUACAAACAGAUCAUGUUGUUCCGAAAGAUGUGAAUAGGAUCCACGAUAACAAGUUGAUUCAGACUAAUGUAGAUAUUUAGAUUAGCAAGUAUUGAACAUUUGAUUUCUUAGACUGAGGUUUUAAUUGAAUUUCAUUAUGUCUCCCGGUAAUACACAGAGCAUCGGGAUUAGGAAAUUAGCCAUUUCGGAUUCUGCCUGCCACAAACAGACCUAUUCUAAACAGUGCUAUUAAAUUUUAGACUGUUGUUCAAAUAUUUUAUUUUCUCCUACACUACUUUUUAUGAUGAUGAAUAAUUAAGACCAUUUAAAACACGGGAGUACAAGUAUUUUUUUUUUUGAAUUAAAUUAACUUGCAAAAACCAAAUUUGCAGUGGUUGGGUUGUUUCUAGACAGACUUUGGUAUCAAUUUAAAACCAAGAUAAUUUUUAUAUUCUUUCCAAUAGAAUUUCAUGACAACUCCUGCAGUUUUCUUAACCUACAAAAAGAAAAAAAGUGCUGCAAUGAUGAACAAAGAAUUAUACAAAACCUACUUUUGUAUCUUUAUUUUGGAAUUUCUUGUUCUAUUAUAAAUAUGGAAGUAUCCCUAUUUCAGAAGACAUAUUUUGUUAAAAAUGAAUUGUACAUAUUUAAAUAUGUAUUUUUGCACAGGUCUUUUUUUCUGAUAUCCUGUUUUGGUACAAUUGAGAUCAUCUAGUAUUUAUUUAUUAAUUAAUAAAAGUAAAUACCUUUUUAUAAUUUGAAGUGGUUCACUGCCAAGCCAAUAGUUCUAGAACCUGCCUCCUUUACAGUUUUAAGGGAUGCCUCUGUUCUGUGAAAAGUCUUUGUCCCUUUUAGUGUCUCGGGAGUGGAUUCAUACAGAUGAAGUGGGCAUUGCUUCUUCCUGGUUGCCUGGUUGCCCGAUAGACUACAUGUAACUAAGUGACACACUGCUUUUCUUUUGUUAGUAUUUUAUGUGUGAGAGUAUGUGAUUGCGUGUGUGCGCGCCUGUGUGUGUGUGUAUCCUCUGAGCACAUGUAUGUUAGUAUGUGAUGUGGUUUAAAACUAAUGGAAAAAACUGAAAGUGCCUGAAACUAGUUUUAAGCUUAGACAGAAUCUCUUUAAAAAGACUUGAAUGUUCAGUUGAACUUUUGGAGUUUGCUUUUUCCACCUAAAUAUUGUUUCUAAAAUUUUAGGGGAGGAGUUGAAAACUACCAAUGCUGGUAAUUUUAUAAGGUAUUUUAAAAUUAAGACCUCUUGGUUCAUAGUAAUUCAGUUGGUGAUGGAUAGCCUGGUGGCACCAAGGGUUACAGAUCUUUUUGUCAGCCAGCAACUUACACGAUGUGUCCGUUUUGUUAUUCACUCAUGAAAUACAAUUUAAAAUAUUUAAAAUAUUUUGUAUUCCAAAAAUAUAAUACAAAGAAGUACCUCUGAGAACAUUGAAAAAAAUGGAUAAUUUGAAAAAAUGUAACUUAUAAAGGCAGCUGUCUUCCUGCAAGAGUUCUGUUGCCAAGGAAUUUCUUAAUGUCGCUCAUUCUGUCCAGGGGGUUUGGGGGGAUUGGGCUUUGAAAAAAUAUUGUUAAAAGUUUGUUUAGCAGAAAAUAAUCAUUUUUACAUUUUGUGCAAAACAUUUUACAUUUUCAGAUAAUUUAAAUGAGCACUACAUACUGUCAGUGUGAAUGUAGGGCCUUGAAAGCAUUUUGCUUUUUUUUUGUUUUCUUUUUUUUUUUGAGCUUGGUUAUAAAAGCAAUCUCCUGUGUUAAAAACGUGUGAAUAGUUUCAUAAUUUGUACACAUAAUCAAGAGCAUCUCAGCUGGACUUUGUGUUGGCUGCUGUAUAGAACAUGAACAAAUGUCAAGGGAUAGAAAAUUACUUUGGAUAUUUAAAAGAGAAGAAAUAUAUAGUCUAUUUGUUUUGUAACAAGUUUCUGUAAAUAAAAUAAUUUAUACUAUUUAUAAGAAAAGGUUGUGCUUUGCUUUAUAAGAAAUUAGCUUGUGGAACAAACAUGUUACUAAACGGGCAAUAAAAUUAGGACUUCUCAAUAAAUAAGGUUGGCUGCAUGAAAUAUUUUACAUGUUUCUGCCUCGUGAUACUAAACCCUUUCAGUCUACUCUGACUUUUCAUCACUUUUGGCAUUGAACACCCUUGUGAAGCCCCUUCAAUUUAGCCUUCCUCUUAUAUAAGCUAAAUACUUGUAAGGCAUGGGGAUGUUUCCAUCUGGGGGCACAAAGCUUUGCUUUGGAUAAAUUAGUAACUGUGUAAACAGUGAACAUUACUGUAUUCUGGCCUUGCAUGUUUGUGAAGGAAACGAGGGAGUUGAUGGAUUGAGAAACACAUUCUGUUUGUACUUAGGUGCAAAUUUGAUGACAUGUAGUUUUGGUUUAAGAUAAGCUUUUUAUCCAGACCUGGUCUAAUCUCUUCCUUUCUUUUACAUACCUCCCUUACUGGCAAUACAAGUGCAUUUUAGUAUUGUUUGGAAUACAGCAUAAUCAUUUACCUCUAGAAAUCCAGACAUUUUUACUGUUUGCAAAUAAAUCAUUCUGAUAAAUUAUUUUUGUUGCUUAAGAGGAGCAACUGCUUUGUAUGUUAGCAAGAAUGUCCAUACCUGAUAUGAAAGAGUCAUGUUGGCUUCAGUUCCUACUGCUCUAUGGACUUCCCAUUCCCUCCUUACUUAAGUCAACCACCCACUCAGUACUUUCCACAAAUCUAAUCAUGAGGUGCUCUCUGUAGGUAAAUCCUUUCACUAUGGCCGUCCUCAAACCUCCCAAGAAAAGGUUCAACUGCUCAAUCUCUUACCCUUUUUAAUUCCAUUCCCUUGCAGGUAUCCCGGUCCUGCAUAACAAGAUGAUCCCAACUCAAGGAAAGGGGUUUAGCAGUGUUGGAUCUUGGCGUAUGUGGGAUUUCACCAGGCAGAAAGGCAGACAAGAGUAAGAUUCUAGGCAGAGAGAGCGAAUGCGUCGAGCAUGGGUAUGAAGAUGUGAGGCAUAGAGAAUAAUUCUGCAGAAGUUUGCUGGAUGGAAGAGCCUUAUAGGGUUAGAGAAGCUGGUGUCAGACUGUCAAGGACUUUGAAUGUCAUGGGGCUUCUCAUCCAGGAACACAUGGGAUCAGGCUUAGAUUAACCCAAAUGUAACUGUCAGAGCCCAGAGAUAUUUCAUGGUCCAGUCUUAGCGCACUGUGCAGCUGCCAAAAGUCAAAGCCAUUCAAAUCUGUACUGAAAACUGUGGAAACGCAAAGGAGCACUUAAGUCUCUUUCCCCAUCUCUUGCAUUCUCACUCUCUUUUGCCUCAAAGAUCUGUCUUUACCUGCCCCUGUCCCCAGUCCUAACAAAAAGCACUCCCCUAAAUCAAGUCUAAGUUCUUCUCCCUUCUCAUUCCUUUCAUAUUCUCCUCUUUCUCGUAAGAAGUUCUUGCUCCUGUUGUUAAUGGAAGUUAAUUAAAGUAGUCUUUCACCUUGUAAGGCUGUAAUUCUUGGCACUUGUUAUCCUGAUUUUCUACAUCCAAAACCCAUGGACCAGAAUAUCUCUUAGGAGGUAAGGGAGAGUGAGGCUAUCAGCCAAAGAAAAAGUCUCCAGGGGGAAGGGGAGAAUCACUUAUAAUUUAAUACUUUGUCAAAAAAACAUCUCUGCCAUCUAUGGCCCUUCAAUAACAAUGGAAGAAGAAUCAACAGGUGAGAACCUCGGGACAAAAGUAAGUUACAAAGCUGUUGUAAUCCAGGUAAGAGCUAUUAAGUUUCCAAAUGAAGGCUGACUGUGAGGAUAACUGAUACUGAUUUCAGAAAUCUUUAAAAAGUGAACCAACAAGCCUUGAGGUCUAAUUCUGUUCAACAUUAAAGGGAAGAGUGAGUCUAAGAAGACUUUAGGUUUCUAGCUUGGCCAAACCAGUUGAGCUUUAAGUGAAAUGUGCGAUAUGGCAACAGAGAAGGAAAAAGACGUAACGAUAGAUUUGAGCUGCUGGUGGGAAAUUCUGGUUUAGUGCCCAGCUGGCUGUACAGGCUGCAUGGACCUUAGGAGGGAGGUUUGGGCUGGAAAAUAAAGAUGGAGAGUUGUCUUUCACUUUUUAGAUGAUCAAUGAGGUCGUAAGGGUAGAUGAGUUUACCUGGGAAAAUUAAGUAGCUAUUCGAUUUGGCUAUUAUGUUAAAAUAAUACUUCUCUAGUUAAGCAGUUAAUAUGCCAGAUACUGUGCCAAGCAUUUUGUAUACAUCCUCUCUUUUACUAAGCCCUCAUAGGGCAGGUAUUUUGAUUCCAAUCAUACUGAUUGGAACUCCUAAGAAGGUGUCUUGCUUAAGGUCCCACAAUGAAUAGGUGGCAGAUCCAGGGUAAUUCAUGUCUGCCAGAACAGUGAUUCUUAAUUUUUCUCCUCCUCAGGCUCCAGGAAUCACAUGAAGUUAUGGAUCCUGUCUGACCGAGGCACAGGCACACCACAUUUGUAUAUUCCGCUUCCAGGAUAUCAAAAACCUGAAGCCCAUCCUCCAUGGCCCAGAGAGAAAACCCAGGAUAAAACCUUGGAGAAGACUCUUUUUGUGAAGACAAAUGGAGAAGAGCACUAGAGUAAAAAGAGAGGUAAGGGAAGGCAUUGAGAUGGUUUACAGGGUUAGAUGUUUUGAGUCGAUUCCAUUAUGCAUCUACCUAUUAUCCUGCUGUUUUCUCCAGGAUAAUUGGAACAGCAUGUAUUGGGUGGGUGGAAAAGUUAGAACUUGAGCAGGGAGAUUGCCAAAGAAUUAAGAGUAUGAGUGAAGAUGUGGCUGAGUAAUUGAUGAUGGUCUGAAUUGGGUAUUCAGGGAAGAGAACUAGAAGCCCACCACUAGAAUCUGUGCAGGUGCUCUUAAGACAUUGGUUUGAUUGGAAUUGCCUUCUUGUUAGGUCUUAGGAAUCUCCUUCCAGGUAACUUUUUCUAUGAUUAGACAAUUGAUUUGUUCAGGGUCACAGAGCAAACUCCACAUUUAAUUCCAUAUGGCCAAUAAAAGUGAGAUCCAAGGGCCAGAGUUACCAAAGUGAUGCAGCACUUUUAGAAAUAGGACAGGGAAUGGAGGAAUUGGAAUUCCAGUAUUAUUUUCAAAAGCAGAACUGGCCAGAGGAAUUGGAAUUCCAAUAUUAUUUUCAAAAGCAGAACUGGCCAGAGGUGCUUGUGAUUCCUGGGUGGAAACCAUGGCAGUGGACAGAAGCAGCAUGGAGGAAAAGAGCACUGGAAUUCAGGCUGAGGAACUGUGAAGUCAAGGGUGUUGUAUAGGUUGUCCAUUUCAAAUUAGUUAGGGUUGCGUGGUUCUGGGAUGAUCUGCAUGAAGAGGGGAGAGUGACUUGGAGAUGUGUGAUUGAGGACAGUGAGCACAGUGAGUUGAUGGUGUUGGUGGGUUAUAAGCAGCUUCAAACAGAAGGCAUUUUGAAUGAAGGUGGAAACAUAACGGCCAGGAGAACAAGCAAAGGACUAGGAAACGGUGAACUUCAUCUUGGCCCCAAGUUCCUGAGGUGCACAUGAAUAAACAGCCUCUAACCCAGAGGCUUUCAAGAAAAGCAGAGUCCUCAAAA